CCGCGGGCCGGAGCGGAGGGACGGCCGCGCUGACUCGAGCCAAGUCCGCACGCCGCGCGCCUCGACCCUCCGCGGGAAAGUGCGAGGCGGAGGCAAAGAGAGGCAGAAGGCGAGGCGGGGGUGCAGAGGCGGGGCGCAGCGCGGGGAAGCGCGAGGCACGGUGCGGGAAGGAGGCGGCGGGCGCGGGCGACCGAGAUGCCCUGCGAGACUCGCCAGCCUGGCGGAGGGCAGAAGUUGCGUUCGACGGAGGAGGCCGCUGCACGUGCCCACCAGGGUAUUGUUUCGGACCCGCAUUGCUGAGCGCCGGGAAGCGCCCCCCAAGAUUUGUAAAGCAGUGAAGAAUCUUUGCUGUCUGGAACAAUAUGCAUAUCAAAUAUAAAACAUUCUUUUUUCUAAUAUGAAGAACUAUCAGCAACUUGGAUUUACUGAAAGAACAGUUCAGCUGGAUAACAUGAGACCCUGGACCAUGCAGGAGGACCGUGCAUUUUGUGGCUUCUCUCCAGGAAAACAUAUGGAGUUAUUGAAGGGCUGACGUAGGCACAGGCAUGGUCUGCAGCAUGGAGUCCUACUUUGUGGUGUAGGGCUUGCCACAUGAUCGAGUAGUGCAAGAAGAAAUGCUCCAUGUUGCCAGGGGUCAUCAGUAUCUGGAACAGAGGAGACAAAGUCUCCAACUGAAGUCCUUUUACUACUAUGGAAAUCAAUGGGAACCAUUCAGCUCCUUAAAAAACAAAAACAAAAAAACCCUCAACAACUUUGCAGGACUGCAGCUGUGUUGGGAACAAACACCUGCUGAUGACUCUAGCAGUGUCAAAUAUAGCUGUUUGCAUGUUUGUGAGCCCAUCUGGUUACAGAAAAGAAUCCUCCAACACGGUAUUAGAAAAAUGAAACUCUUCAAAGUAUUUGUCAAUCUUCAAACUUACAUUUUAAAGGAUCACCAUUUCUAAACUUCAGUCUACUUUCUCACAUACUUAAAGUGGUUUACUUUUGAUGAAAUCCAAGGACAAUGAACUCAUUUUGUUUUUUGUGUUUCUUUGCUUGGUAUAGUAAAGUCCCAUUCUUGUGUUGUUCAAUGGGAAAAACCUGAAUAGGUGUGUGCGUGGUUUUUUUUUUUUAAUGUUCUUCUGUCAUUGAUCCAAAGUCUAUAUGCCUUUAAGCCAUUGCUAUAUUUGUUUCAAUGGUUACUUUUUUAGUUAGUAUUUUUUUUAACCUUUCAAGGUCUUCCACUGAUUCUGCAGGAAUUUUUGAUGUUCUCCAGAAAAUGACUUUCAUCCAUUUGAGCUUCUUCUCUGAUUGCUGUAAAUGGCUCCUUCCACCCAUCCAUUAAUGGACUAAUAUGAGGCACUGCAUUCCUUGCUGCAUAGCAUUGUUACCAAAUGACUUGCACAAGCAGUGUUUCAAAUGUCAGGGGUCAAAUCACAGUAGUCAAAAGUGUCCUCUGUGCAAAGGAAAGAAUAAAGUUCUGUUGCAUGUGGAUAGCAAACAGAUGAACUUACUUGCAGUUCUGGAAGUAAGGACUGAUCACAGUGAUAGCUGGACCGGACUAUUUUGCUUAAAGAAAGGGAAGCUAUGCAGUUUAAUUUUUGGAUUAGUCAUAAUGAUGCUAGUGAUGGCAUCCUAUAUACUGACUGGAGCUAAACAUGGCUUUGUGCUAAUGCAACCAGCACUGCAUUAUGGCACUUUCAGCAGCAGUUCAAACUUAAUGGACAAUGAGAGCCUCUGUGAUUUGAAAGACCAUUACCAUGCAUCUAAAAUGAAUAUUUCCUAUGCAAAGGAUUACCCAAGCAUUAAAGCAAUCAUUGACAGUAUUACUUCAAAUAUUGAGUUCACGACCAGACCUCUUCCAGACUUGGAAGAUCUGCAGAAACAAGAGAUGCAUAUGUUCUCAGUAAUACCUAAAAAGUUUCUUCAGGACAGCAAGAAUCCUUGUUGGUAUGAGGAAUACAGAGGAAACACUACCAGAGAUCCUUAUGCUACAAACUCAUAUGCCUUGUAUUCCAAACGUUUUCGGACAAUAUUUGAUUACCUUAGGAAGGUAUUUUGGAACCAUUUGUAUCAUUACAAAGACAAGCAUUACCGGCUGCGCUGUCUUCCCCACUUCUACAUCAUAGGCCAGCCAAAAUGUGGAACAACAGACCUUUAUGACAGGCUCAGGUUACAUCCUGAUGUGAAAUUCUCAGCUAUUAAAGAGCCUCACUGGUGGACAAGAAAACGGUUUGGGAUAAUUCGUCUAAGGGAUGGCUUUCAUGAUCGCUACCCAGUGGAAGAUUACUUGGAUCUGUUUGACCUGGCUGCUCAUCAGAUUCAUAAUGUGCUACAGGGAGACACUGCAAAAGGCUACAGCAGGAUGAGCAGCAUUAUCAUCGGAGAGGCAAGUGCUUCCACAAUGUGGGACAACAAUGCCUGGAUUUUCUUUUAUGACAACAGUACCGAAGGGGAACCUCCAUUUUUAAUACAGGACUUUAUCCAUGCCUUCCAGCCAAAUGCAAAGCUAAUUGUUAUGCUUAGGGAUCCUGUUGAAAGAUUAUAUUCUGAUUAUCUCUACUUUGCAAGCGCUAACAAAUCUGUAGAAGACUUCCAUGAAAAAGUGUCUGAGUCAUUACAACUGUUUGAAAAUUGCCUGGCAGAUUACUCCCUGAGAGCCUGUGUGUACAACAACACCCUUAACAAUGCCAUGCCAGUAAGGCUCCAGGUUGGUCUGUAUGUUGUUUUUCUCCUGGACUGGCUGACAGUUUUUAAUAAAGAUCAAAUACUAGUUCUUCGCCUGGAGGAUCAUGCAUCCAAUGUUAAGUUUACUAUGCACAUGGUGUUUCAGUUUCUGGAUUUAGGUGCUCUAACAGAAAAACAAGAAGCUCUAAUUACUAAGAGUCCUGCAUCAAACACUAGAAGACCCGAAGAUCGUAAUCUGGGACCUAUGUUACCUCUCACAAAGGAAAUUCUACGAGAUUUCUAUCAGCCUUUCAACAGAAAAUUGGCUCAAGUCCUUUCUGAUGAAGCUUUUUUAUGGAAAAAACCUUGAUCUACUCAUUUCAGUAAUACAAAUUCAGUGCUAGGAGAAAAUUUUAUUUUUUUAAAAUCAUGUUUUCAGGGCAAAUAUUUACCCAUUCUGAAUCCAAGAAAGCCUAUUGCUGUUAAAUCCUUCUCUCCGUGGUUUGCAGACAAUAUGUCAAAAGAACUGUAUCAGAAGAAGAUGAAAGCUCCAUGAUUAUCAGUCUCUCCUACAACUUUUUUCCUUCAGCCUCAAAAGAACAGUGUGCUAAUAGCUGUCAUAUUGAGCAGUCUUCUCUGGUUAUAAAUUUUGUUCCCCUACAAUACAGAAAGUAGCACUAGCCAUGUAAAAAUGCACAUUCUUUCUCAUUUUUAAUAUAUGUCUUGCAUUAUUUGGAAACUUCAAAAUAUCUUUUUAACCAUUAAAAGUUGAUUGAUUUUAA